UGUCAAACGGUAACAACUUUAACAGCAGUGAGUGUCGCGAGUGUUAAUGUUAGACUGUGUGUCAUACUAACAAAUGUACACGGUGGAGAUAAAUAAGCAGAGCCUGACUGCAGUAAUGGACCACGAAAAAACUAUUUGGAUAAAAGAGGAAAGAAGUGAGAUAUCAAGUUCACCAGGCUCCAUUGUCCAGGUAUACCCUUGUAGUGUGAAAAUAAAGGAAGAACCACAGGAGACUGGGAAUCAAGAGUUACUUCAAGAUCCGUUAAAAAUUGAGGCCCCAUUUUACAACACAAAGGAAGAUCCAGGACUGAAAUUGAAUGUGAGUCUCUCUGAACAUAGUUAUCUGGAAGACCCAUUUAUAGCCUCAGGGUCCACUGACCAUAUUAAGGAGGAUUCAGUACUAAAUUUAGGAGCAGAAGAAAUUGAGACUUUUAUGUUCAGCAAUCCCGAAUAUGAUCCUCUGGGAGUUAAGAUGGAGGAGGUGGAAGCCUCAACAAGAUAUGCAUCUGAUAGUGCAAGGUCUGUAAAGCUCGUGAACAACUCUCUCCACAAUUACUCGACGAUGCGUAUUUUUCCAAGCUCAGAUUGACUCAGACUACUGGUGGGAGCUGUGGCAUAUCAUGUGAAGAAAUUUGUCACCAUGGGCUGGUCCAGGAUGAUUCGGUGAUAGACGAGGAGAAGUCAGCACAUGAGUUUGG